AUGUCCAACCAUAUGGAUAUCAUUGAUGUAAUGAGCAUCAAGGAAACAACGGACGUCAGACGAUGGAUUGGGUCGGAUGAUGAAGAGAUCAAGGAUGCAUUUUAUUACCGUCAAGCCUCGAAGUACGGGAAGUGGAUGCAUUAUGAAUGCCUUUUUGAGGGUGUUUUUCAGCAAGCUCUUCAGCGUCUGGAAACAGAAACUUCGCACGAAAAUGAAGGAUCAUCUGCCAACGAGAAAGAACGCAAAGGACCCGCGUGCUCCGUCCUGCCUCUCGAAAAGAUACGGGUUCAGUCAACAGCCGAAGACCCUGAUGGAGAGAGUCAGACACCCGUCAACUCGUCUCAUCUAUGUUUUCCUCUCAAGUUCUCGCUGUCGUUCGACCGCUCUACAUAA